GCCACCUCCAAGCCAAUUGACCCAAGCUACGUAUUUGGUCCAACUGCCGAGUUGUUCCUAUCCUUCUCUUCCAUUUUUUUUCCCGUUUCUCUUCUUCUUCUCUCUCUUUUUUCUUCUUCUCGUUCUAUCGUAGUCUUCUGUCCCAACUACACAUUUCGCAAGCACUCGAAGCUCUAAACACCUACCGCUUUGCUGCCCUGCCGCCCUAGCUCAACGCUUCUACCACGGUAGCCUGAUCGAAUAGCAGUGCAUGAUCCCCCAAGCUAUUUGCUGCUGGCAUGAUACCUCGAUUACUCUUCAAGCAACCCGCUUACCUUGCUUUAUGUCAUGAUCGUCAUGUUGUCGCCCACAGACAAUCUUUUUGGCCCACGUCUGCCAGGCGCCUUCGACUUCACCCUCGCAUUUGAGCAGUCCAUCUUAACAAUACUCCCUGCUGGAAUCUGUAUUAUUAUCAGCACAUGGAGAGGAUUGAUCCUCUUCAACCACCCUGUCUGCAUGGGCUCACCAAGGCUGCUCAAGGCCAAGCUUGUCACAGCAGCCACCAUCGCCGUACUCCAAGUCGUUCUUCUUGCACUCUGGAGCCUCCCGACAACACCGCGAAUAAACACAAGUAUUGCGUCCGCAGUAGUAUGCCUCGUUGCUACCUUCGGCAUAAUACUAUUGACAGUGCUAGAGCAUCGAAGAGCUUACAAGCCAUCCCCCAUCAUCAGCGGCUUCCUGCUACUUACCACCAUCUUGGACCUCGCACAGGCCAGGAGCCUCUGGAUGCGCAGCGGCAACACUUUCUUGUCUGCCCUCUUUACCGUAUGCAUAGUGUCUAAGCUUGUCCUGGUGGUGCUCGAGGAAACGCCAAAGGAACCACUUUUACCAACAGACGAGAAAGAGGCGAUUCUUGAAGAGCGCGUCGGUAUUAUCAAUGGCAGCCUAUUUUUCUGGUUGAAUCCAUUCCUAAGAUUGGGGUCUAAUAAGACGCUGACUAUCGGGGACAUUGGCCCCAUUCACCACAAAAUGGAGUCGGGGAUCCUGCUCAACCAGCUUUACGCAGUUUGGAGCGCUGGUAAAAGGGACGAAAAAUAUAGCUUGCUUGCUACAACCUUUUGGACGUUUCGCUUGCAGUUCUUCUCAGGCAUAAUCCCGCGUCUCCUCUACAGCGCCUUUAGCCUUUCGCAGCCAUUCCUCAUCAAUACCGUUAUUUCGCAUAUUGCCGAGCCUGUCAGUUUGCGUGAUCCGAAUAUCGGAAAUGCCCUCAUUGGUGCCACGCUGCUCAUUUAUGUCGGCAUGGCCAUCACCAGUGCCUGGUAUCAACAUACGAUAUAUCAGUUAAUAACAAUGUAUCGUGGCUCCCUCAUUGGCCUGAUAUACAAGAAGACGCUUGAAUUGGCCCCGUCAACUAUAAAAGACGCUGCCCCCACAACUCUUAUGAGCACAGAUGUGGAGGGUAUCGCCAUGGGUAUAACCCAAGUUCAUGAUAUUUGGGCCAGCUUUAUCGAAUUGCCUGUGGCUUUAUAUCUGCUGUAUAACCAAGUUGGCAGUUCCAGUCUAUUUAUCAUUAUCCCAUCGGCCAUCACAACCGUCAUCACAGCCUUACUGACGCCAAAAAUUGGCCCAGCAAAAGUGCAGUGGAAUGAGGCCAUCCAAAAGCGUAUUGGAGACGUCUCCAAUAUGUUGAGCCAGAUCAAGGCCGUCAAGAUGAUGGGUCUCACUGAGUUCUUCCAACAUCGUGCCAUUGGAAUGAGAUCUGACGAGCUUAGGCUAUCUGUCAAGUUCCGUUUCAUUGUGAUAUUGGUUCAGAGCAUCGCCAUCUUAUCAGAAGAUAUUACACCCAUUAUUGUCAUUCUUGGUGCUAUCUACUGGACAAUGGCUGACCGAGGCCUGACGGUUGCUCAAGCAUUCACCGCCAUGUCCAUCAUCGCCAUCGCCACUACGCCUAUCUACAAUAUUAUGAGUACUAUUACGCAGCUAUUCAGCGUUGUUGGUUGCUUUAGUCGUAUUCAGGCUUUUUUAACCCAACCUAGUCACAAUGAUCCCCGCAAGGUGACGCUCGACACCGACAGCACCAGUGGUGGCAGUGGAGUGGCUGUUGAAUUUAGUAAUGCCACCUUUGCUGCUGCUGGUGCAUGCGAGAUUCUGAGAAAUAUCAAUCUACGAAUUCAAACGGGCACAAUGUCCAUAGUUGUCAGUCCCCUUGGCGGUGGAAAGUCAUCCCUGCUCAAAGCCAUAGUUGGCGAACUCGAACUCACGUCUGGUACCAUUACGACCUCUAGCCUCGACACUGCCUACUGUGAUCAAACACCGUGGAUUAUCAACUCUAGUAUUAAAAACAAUAUUAUUGGACAAUCCGCGCUGGAUCCGGUUUGGCUACAGACGGUGCUUCACUCUUGCGCCCUAGAUGAGGAUAUCAGCACCUUCCCUUCCGGUUUUGAUACUCUUGUUGGAACAGCGGGGAUCUCACUUAGCGGUGGCCAAAAGCAGCGUUUGGCUCUCGCCCGUGCCAUCUACUCUCGCAAAAGCCUUCUUGUUCUCGAUGAUGUCUUUAGCGGGCUCGACAAUAAGACUGCCCAUAAGGUGUUUCAGCGUGUCUUUAGCAAACCCGGUCUUCUUCAUAAGAAUUGCAGAACCGUAGUCCUCGCUAUCAACAAAAUUGAUCUUCUUCCAGAGGCCGACUAUAUCACGAUGCUGGAGAAGGGUGCCAUAGCCCGCAACCAAGUUCCUUACAACUCCAUUGAUCCUUCUGAAUGGGACCUACGCUACGAUCAUAGCUCAGGCUCUGAUUUUGAAACUAGUGAUCUCGAAGAAAAGCUCAAACACACAACCCAGCCCGAAGAAAGCAAUGUUACCGAGCGUGCUAAGGACGGUGAGGAGGAACUGGAGAGGCAAAUAAGUGACUGGAAGUGCUACAGCAUGUACUUCAAGGCUAUUGGAUGGGACGUAACCCUCGUGCUAAUACCAUUACUCGUUGUUGGCGUCGUGUUGGAGAAAAUGCCCCAGUUCGUCCUUCGAGAGUGGACGCAAACGGGCACCAAGGAUGCAGGCAACGGGUAUAUGGGUAGCUAUAUAGCUUGCGCUAUCCUAGGUGCUGGUUUUAUUUCGCUCAGCAUCGCCCUCUUGUACUUCACAGGUAUUCCACGAUCAGGAAACAGACUGCACACCAUGCUCACGGUGUCUGUUGUGCGCGCACCUCUUCAAUUCUUUACAACAACAGACAGUGGUAUCACACUGAAUCGAUUCAGCCAGGAUAUGAGCCUCAUCGACCAAGUCCUUCCAGCGGCUCUGUUUGGUACCAUGGUUGUUACCGCAAUAGGGCUUGUUGAAACCGGCUUUAUUCUUUCUGGUUCGUCGUACAUGGUCGCCAUCCUGCCAUUUGGCUUGGUCGGCCUCUACUUUAUCCAGCGAUUCUACCUCCGAACAUCACGGCAGAUUAGACUCCUAGAUCUCGAGAUGAAAUCACCUCUCUAUGCGCAAUUUUCUGAAGCACUUGCGGGCCUCGGCACUAUACGCGCAUUCGGCUGGGCUGCCGCGUCCCGCGUGGAAAUUAGUAAACGCAUCAACACAUCGCAGCGCCCAUACUACAUGCUCUUUUGCAUCCAGCGAUGGCUCCAGGUUGUGCUUGACCUCUUUGCUGCAGCCAUGGCGCUGGUCUUAGUAUCCCUCGCCCUCAAGAUUCCUUGGGCGGCCUCUGACGGCGCGUUUGGCCUGGCCAUGAUCAACAUAAUCAGUUUCAACCUCAGCUUAACUAGAAUUAUCACCUCGUGGACGCAGCUUGAAACGUCUAUUGGUGCAAUUGCGCGUCUAAAGUGGUUUAUAAAGAACACUCCCAACGAGAAUAAGCCAGAUGAGAGCAACGAGCCGCCGUACGAUUGGCCAUCGAAUGGGGGCGUGGAGUUUAGAAACGUUAGUGCCUCAUACAGUGAUGAUGGAGUCAAAGUCCUGAAGGGUGUAUCCUUCAGCAUCAAGCCGGGCCAAAAGGUUGGAAUAUGCGGUCGUUCAGGCAGCGGCAAGUCGUCGCUGAUUGCCGUGCUCAGCCGCCUUCUCGAAAUCUCUGAUGAGAGUAAUGUCAGCAUCGAUGGCGUUGACCUCAAGACACUCCCACGACAAACGAUUCGUAGCCGCAUAGCAGGCCUUCCGCAAGAUUCUCUGCUCUUCAACGACACUGUGCGAGUGAACUUGGACCCUACCGGCACCGUGCAGGCCGAUCAGCUCCUCAUCGAUGCCCUGGCAAAGACGGCAAUCUGGCCAUUCAUUGAGGCCCGCGGUGGUCUUGACGCCAUAUUGGAUGAUGUUAGCCUAUCGGCCGGCCAGAUGCAACUUUUCAAUCUGGCACGGGUGGUACUGCGCCGGGGCGAGAACAGCGGAUCGCGGUCGCUGGUGUUGCUUGAUGAAGCAACCAGUAGCGUCGAUCGCCUUACCGACAGUACAGUACGCGCGGCCAUCAGUAAAGAUUUAGAAACAAGUACGGUUAUAGAAGUGGUGCAUCAUCUAGAGCUUGUGCGCAACUACGACGUCAUUCUUGUCUUGGUUGAGGGCCGUCUGGUGGAAGUAGGCAGCCCAGACAACCUUAUAGCGCGAUCCGACUCCGAGUUCCACUCGUUGUGGGCAAACCGUGGUAUCUAAACGUCUAGGCCCUGUAGAAAUUACCUGAUUGGGACAGCCGCCUCAUUGCAACACAUUUGGCGAAAGAGAGUAGACAUAGUAUGCAACCUAUGCGCCGAUGCGAAUCCAACCCCCAAUCAAGUGGAUGUUGUUGUUGACCCAUGCAUAAACUUGAUUUGUGAUUUAGUAACAAUAUUCCCAAAGACGGCCCAAAUACAGCACUCACUGCAUUACCUGCGGCAAAGUUGCUUUUAUUCUAGUCAGUCCUGACUGCAGUUGGUAUUUUGGAGACGUCUGGUGGUAACUAGUCAACAGAUUCAGACGAGAGGCUAGCACGAGCUAAUCUCCGACCGUCUAUUCUGUUUUAGCGGCAGUGGCGGAUGAUGUGUCAA